AGGAGCGAGACUCGUGGGCGCUGAGGGCGGGCGGGUGCGGAAGCCCCGGGGGAGGCUCCGCGGCGCGCUCCGGGUACGGCCGGCACGGCCGGCGCUGGCCCUGCCGGGCGGAACAGCCUCUGCGCCCGUGCCAGGGCUGCCUCUCAGGAGCAGGCUGAGAGGUGUGAGAUCAGGAUGCCUCUUGCGGGAGUGUCGCGCGGGCGUGAGGGCAGCGUUUGUGUCCAGCCUGACUCAUUCUGCGAUUGGCAGAAUUGUAGAAUCGCAGAGUCACAGCACGGUUCAGGCUGGAAGGGACCACCGUGGCUCGUCUGCUCCAACCUCCCUGCUCUAGCAGGGUCGCCCCAGAGCACGAGGCACAGGAUGGCAUCCAGACGGCUCUGGAACAUCGCCAGGGUGGGAGACUCCACAAUCUCUCUGGGCAAUCUGUACAAGUGUGUGGUCACCCACAGAGUAAAGUUCUUCCUCAUAUUCAGGUGGGUGCAGGACCUUCCCAGUGGUUUUACACAUCAACAGUCACAUUGGAAAAAUGCCACAGAGCUCCUCCAGCAAGACACGGUGGGAUCCCAGCCCCAGGCCCACAGUGCCCAGGUGAGUGGAGAACCUCUGGGCAUUCCACACCCCUCCACAGGAACCGCGAGCUGCAGGAGAAUGUUCACCAGCUGUGCCCCUCCACUUCUUAGGGUGUGGAUUAAGAUGUCAUUCACCAUCUUAGCAGAAAAGACAAACAUUCAGAGAUUCAUUACCUCAAGGAGUAGUAAGAGAAUAUCACCAUCUUGUGUUUCAUCUCAAUAGUUCACACCCUCUUGGCAUUUUUGUCUUUGCAAAUUAUUUCUUGAGGGUUUAAGUUACCAGUUUCUGUAUUCAUUUUUCACAAAAGCAACUUAGAAGUUUUGGGUUUUUUUCUUCGCUAUUACCAAGUCAGGAAUCUUGCUGCUCCUGCAGAAAAAGUAACUCAUUUUUCCAUUUUACCAAGCUGAAAAGGCUCAUAC